GCGGACACAUUGGCCGCCGCGGCGCUCGGCGAGGCGCGCACGGCCCCAGGCGGCUGCGCCCUGCGGAGGCAGCUCCCGCCCGGCUGCGGAGCGCGCGCCCCGGCCCCCGCCGGCGCUCGCAGGGCCCAGCGAUCGCGCAGCCCGGCUCGGAGGUCGCGGUCCCCGGCCCGGGUCACUGCCAGGCGCACGCGGCGGCGCCCCGAGCUCACCAUGGUGGCAGCGCGCGCCGAGUCCUCGCGCGUCGCCGGCCGCCCGAGCCGCAGCGCCGGCUGAGAGCGCUGCAGCGAAGCCCCCUGCCCUUGCCAGCCCCCCGCCCGGCCCGCGCGUCCCCUCCGGUCGCCGCUGUCUAUGGCUCAGCCCCCCGCCCUGGAUCAUGCACAGAAACUUUCGCAAGUGGAUUUUCUACGUGUUUCUCUGCUUUGGCGUCCUCUACGUGAAGCUCGGAGCCCUGUCGUCCGUCGUGGCCCUGGGAGCCAACAUCAUCUGCAACAAGAUCCCUGGCUUGGCCCCGCGGCAGCGUGCCAUCUGCCAGAGCCGGCCUGAUGCCAUCAUCGUGAUUGGGGAGGGGGCGCAGAUGGGCAUCAACGAGUGCCAGUACCAGUUCCGCUUCGGACGCUGGAACUGCUCCGCCCUGGGCGAGAAGACGGUCUUCGGGCAGGAGCUCCGAGUAGGGAGCCGGGAGGCCGCCUUCACGUACGCCAUCACCGCGGCCGGCGUGGCCCACGCGGUCACGGCCGCCUGCAGCCAGGGGAACCUGAGCAACUGCGGCUGCGACCGGGAGAAGCAGGGUUACUACAACCAGGCGGAGGGCUGGAAGUGGGGCGGCUGCUCCGCCGACGUGCGCUACGGCAUCGACUUCUCCCGGCGCUUCGUGGACGCCCGUGAGAUCAAGAAGAACGCGCGGCGCCUCAUGAACCUGCACAACAACGAGGCGGGCAGGAAGGUCCUGGAGGAGCGCAUGAAGCUGGAGUGCAAGUGCCACGGCGUGUCGGGCUCGUGCACCACCAAGACGUGCUGGACCACGCUGCCCAAGUUCCGCGAGGUGGGCCACCUGCUCAAGGAGAAGUACAACGCCGCGGUGCAGGUGGAGGUGGUGCGGGCCAGCCGCCUGCGGCAGCCCACCUUCCUGCGUAUCAAGCAGCUGCGCAGCUACCAGAAGCCCAUGGAGACGGACCUGGUGUACAUCGAGAAGUCGCCCAACUACUGCGAGGAGGACGCGGCCACGGGCAGCGUGGGCACCCAGGGCCGCCUGUGCAACCGCACGUCGCCGGGCGCGGACGGCUGCGACACCAUGUGCUGCGGCCGUGGCUACAACACCCACCAAUACACCAAGGUGUGGCAGUGCAACUGCAAGUUCCACUGGUGCUGCUUCGUCAAGUGCAACACGUGCAGCGAGCGCACCGAGGUCUUCACCUGCAAGUGAGCGCGCCCCUCCCCCGGAGCCGCCGGCACGCGCGCCCCUCCCCCACCCCGCCCUGCUGGCUGCGGGGUGGGGGGGAGGGGAGGGGGAGGGGGCCGGGGGAGCUCAGGGCGGGGAGGGCCGCUCCCACCGGCGCCCCUCCCCCCUCGCUGCCCUCAGGGGCUCUUCCCGCCUUUCUGUCACUUCCCUGGCAGAGCGAUGCCAGAGGGCAACGGCACCUGUCCCUGCCCUGACGGGGCCCAGCGAAUUCCUGUUCUUUUCUCCGGGGAAGUGAACCCCAAGGACACACACACGUCCUGGAAAGCAACGUGACGACGAGACUCUGAGUGUCCCCCUCCCCCACCUGGUGGCACGGACGUGGAUGUGCCAUUCCGGCUGACCCCACGCAGGACUUCUUCCCUGGCCGCAUCAGCCACUGGGCUUCCCCCCGGUGGUCUGGGCAGAUGCUGACACAUUUUAUUUAUGUUUUCUUAGUAUCAGAAGAGCAUUCUUAGCACUAAGGCAUAGCCAGUCCUAACUCUGUACUCGCGUUAGCCAUCCCUUGUGCCCUCUGCCCCCUCUCCCCGCCUCUCUAGACCCCAGGGGGCAGCUCUGUGCACAGCUCCCUCCUGGCCCUGCCCCGAGGGGGCCCCUGAGGAGAGCCACGGGCGGGAAUCCUUCUUUUUAAAAAAGCAUAUCAAAUCGAAAUGUCACCUGCGUCAGGUUCCAGGAGUGCUGUGUUCCCUCCCUAAUGCUGUCACCCUCCCAGCCCCCCUCCAGCCUGGCACCCAGUUUCCCCACCCCCACCCUGGAGCCAGCUGGUGCCCUAGGAUGGCACUGUGUGCUGGCAGCGGGCUGGUGGGGGGGGGCGCGGUUCAGGGGCCUUUGCCUUCUUUGGCAGGUGUGGACACCGAGGCCCAGAAUGGCUCAAGAAUUAGCCACAGACCCCGAGGCCAUGAGUGGAAGUUCCUGCCUGGGCUCGGGCGUCCUGACCACCCCCCCCCGGGCCAGGGCACCUGACCCUGGAAGAUGUGCUCUGGGGGCAUCCAUGUGGGCCUGAGACGGUCCCCAUGUUUUGAGAAAUCUGGCCUGCACCCCCAGAGGUGCCUGCUGGGACUUCUCUAGUGACCCCGGGCCCAGUCCUCCUCCUUUGGCCCUGAUCCCAAUGCUGAGAAAACUUGGAUCCACGAUGUUACUCGGCCAGGGCUCCACCGGCUGCCCCCCCAGCAGGUGUCUGCCCUCCAGACACCUCCCCCAGGGUCCCCACAUGCACACCCUCUCUUAAAGUUCAACUUGCCCUGAAACCUGGGAGAGGGGAACCAGAAGGGUCCUGCUCAGUUCUACACCACGGGCGGGGGGGGGGGGGCGCCAAACCCGGGGACUUGGGCUGACACAUCCUCUGCGAACAUUCCCACCCUCCCUUGGGGGAGUCUGAGGCACAGAGGAGGUGACCUGCCAGCAAGGAUGGUGGGUAGCGGGGGCCGGUGUGCCACCACUGCUCCUGUGCCCUCCCCCACCCAAAUGUAGGGUGUUUACUUCUAGAAACCUGUGGAAAUGUGUCCUCAGGCAGCUGACCCGCCAAGUGGGCUAGACGUUAGCAGGGCUGAGUCCCCCCUGUGUGCCCCUGGUGAUGCCAGGACACUCUGUCAGCUGCUGUUCCGGGCACUUCCAGGCUGCCAUGAAUGCCCCCCCAUCUGUGCACCUCUCCGCCCCUCCCCCCACCUCCUCGGGUCCCAGGACACUGCUGAGUCCGUGGGCCCCGCACCCUCUGCCACGGAACCUGGUUAACUUAUAUUGUUAUAUAGCGUUAAAAUGUCUAUCAUGUCUUUUAAAUUAUUGUGACCUACACUGGGUACUGGAGGGAGGGGACGGCCUCGUGUGGUCCCCCGAGCCAGGCUCCUCCUCCUGCUUGAAACAGACUCUUGGGGCCUCCCGAUGCCAUCGAGUCACGCGCACUGUCCAGGCACCUCCGCCGAGACCCUGCCUCCUCAGCUGUCUGUCAGCAGCAGCCCUUCCCUUGGGCGAAUGGGGGUCAGUGUGGCCUGCGUGGGGCGGUGGCGGUCCGGGCACUGCGUGUCCCCCGUAGCGCCCCCCCCACUUCAGGAGAGCUGCUGGGUUUCCGACGGGCUGUGCCUCUCCUUCCCUGGAGGGGAGCGCCCAGCUCCAAUAAAGCUGGAAUCAGAAGUGA